AUGGAAGUGGGCGCUGAGCUGUCCGUGGUGCGGAGCAGAAAGGUGGUAUUGGAUUCAGGGAUCUGCCCAGCUCACAUCUUCAUAGAAGGGGGUAAGAUUGUGAACAUUGUGCCUGAGGGAGUCAUAGCACCACAGACAACAAAUCAACAGAUUCUGGAUGUUGGAGACCUCGUGGUGAUGCCUGGUGUGGUGGACAGUCACGUCCAUGUUAAUGAACCGGGACGCACCAAUUGGGAAGGCUAUUGGACAGCGACAAGAGCAGCAGCAGCAGGUGGAAUAACAACUAUUGCUGACAUGCCACUGAACAGCAUCCCACCAACAACUACAUUAGAAAACUUCCAAACAAAACUGCAUGCGGCUAAAGACAAGUGUUUUGUUGAUACUGUGUUUUGGGGAGGCAUUGUCCCAGGCAACCAGUCUGCACUGCGCCCCAUGAUUAAGGCGGGGGUCCCAGGCUUCAAGUGUUUCCUCAUUCACAGUGGAGUGGACGAAUUCCCUCCUGUUACUGAAGCAGAUCUGCAGCCAGCCCUGGCUCAACUGAAGGGCACAGGCCGGGUGUUACUGUUUCAUGCAGAGAGAGAGUUGAAACAUGUGACCCCUCCAUUAAACAGUAAGUCCUCAGACCCCCGUGAUUACACAACAUUCCUGAUGACCCGACCCGAUGAGAUGGAGGUGGAAGCCAUUCGAAUAGUCAUUCAACUUUGCCUCCAGUAUCAGGUUCACUGUCAUAUUGUCCAUCUUUCCACUGCGGAAGCCCUCCCCAUCAUAAAUGAAGCCCGUAGAGCAGGGGCUAUGCUUACUGUUGAAACCACUCAUCAUUAUCUCUCACUGGCUGCUGAAGACAUACUACACGGUGCCACACACUACAAAUGUUGCCCUCCAAUUAGGACAAGAAGCAAUCAGGAACAGCUGUGGUCUGCACUGAAAGCUGGAAAGAUAGACAUGGUGGUCUCUGAUCAUUCUCCGUGCACUGCAGACCUUAAACUGUUGCAGUCUGGAGACUUCCUCAAAGCAUGGGGAGGAAUUUCUUCUCUGCAAUUUGGUCUUCCUCUGUUUUGGACCUCUGCUCGACAACGAGGAUUCACUCUGCAGGACGUGGUGAACCUGAUGUGUAAAAACACAGCCAGGUUGUGUGGGCUUGAGAACAGGAAGGGCUCUCUUGUUGUUGGUAAGGACGCAGACCUUGUGAUAUGGGAUCCUGACAGAGAGUUUGAGGUGAGAGAUAGCUCAAUUCAUCAUAAAAACAAGUUGACCCCAUAUCUUGGCCAGAAACUGCAAGGAGACGUUUUUGGUACCAUUGUCCGUGGAAAGAUUGUAUACCUCCAAGGAAAGUUCUCUGACAAACCCCUGGGAGAACACAUCCUGAUCAAUAAAGCUCAAUUAUGA